AAACAUGACAGAAACAACAAACGUCUUAAUAUCUUAAUUAUUAAUAAUUUAAUAAUUCCUUGGGACAGACUCAACUCAAUUCAGAUUUUUAUUGUAGAAUUUACAUGGGUCACUCUUAAAUUUGAACCUUUUGUUGAAUCUUUGACGUUCAAAAAUAAACAAAAAAUGCUAUAUAAAAGACUGUUGUUCUAUCAGAAACGUGUCUUUACUCACUUCGACUUCCUCCUCCUCUUCUGCAAGCCCCGCCAUCACCGCCCCCCUCCCCUGUCCCUUAGCACAUACAUAAGGGACUCGGUGGAGAGGGUCUCUUCACUGUACAGAGGAUGCAAUCAGUGCUCCUUUGAAAUGGUCCCAAGGACUUAUGGCGAUUGGCUCUGCCCUGCACUUCAAAAGACUUGUCAGGUAUAUGAAAGCCACCGCUGGCCGUCAGAGGAGCGGGGAAGUUCGCACGAGUGCAAAUAACAGAUCUGGGUGAGGAGGAGAGAAAGUGUGAAACGACGAGCUUUAAGUCCGGAUUUCACAAACGGGAUUACUCUGCUGUGCUUGUUAAACCUGGUCUCCUGUAACGUGCGCUUCUCCUGGAGCGUCGCCGCUCAGAUGACCGCGCUGUCCGCGCCCAGCGAGCGGGGGUCCGAGCACACACAUGGCUGCGCUUACUUUGUCCGCUACUGAUCAUUUUCUGCACUCAUUUUUACAGGACCGCACGCCCAGCUCCUCCCCAGACGGUGGAUCCCACGCCAUUUCCUUCUUGCCCUCGACACGGGGUCAGGCGCGGCAGGCAGGCAGCAGCGUGGGGCUGGAGGGACCCCGGGUUCCCUAUGAAGGGGGGGUUGGCUCCACACCUGGGAUGUUCCAGCUGUGGAGUAAUGAGGUGGCGACGAGCCCAGGCCUGGGCAGCCACCAGAUGACCCUGACGGUGCCGAAGUUUCCAGGGCAUGUACAGUCCGGCCUGGGAACUCACUCUCACCACCACCACCACGAACUGCCCCUCACCCCUCCUGCUGAGACCCCAGCCUCCUACCCCUUUGAUCUCUCCCCCGUCAAAGUCCUGUCUUCUCAAGUGCAGCCUAACAGCUCUUACUACCACCAGCAUAGCAGCGUCGGCCAGAAUUUCCCCAGUCUACUCCAAAGCUCCUCCAAUAGGCACCACCUUCCAGGAAGCCACAUGGAGGACAGGCAGCAGUGGUGGAGCAUCCCCCAGACCAACGGCAGUCCACCCAGCCACCCCUUUGCCCUGGGAAGACAGCUGGUCCUGGGCCACCAGCCCCAGAUUGCAGCCCUCCUUCAGGGCACCUCCAAGGGACUCCUGAGCUCCACGCGCCGCUGCCGGAGAUGUAAGUGCCCCAAUUGCCAGGCAUCCAACAGCGGGCUGGCCAGCCAGACUCCUGAGGAGCUGGGCAGGAAGAGACUGCACGUGUGCCACAUCCCUGAAUGCGGCAAGGUCUACAAAAAGACAUCGCACCUGAAGGCCCAUCUGCGCUGGCACGCCGGCGAGCGCCCCUUCAUCUGCAACUGGCUCUUCUGCGGCAAGAGCUUCACGCGCUCGGAUGAGCUGCAGCGUCACCUGCGCACGCACACUGGCGAGAAGCGCUUUGGCUGCCCGCAGUGCGGCAAGCGCUUCAUGAGGAGCGACCACCUGGCCAAGCACGUCAAGACCCACCAGAACAGGAAGGGCAGGGGGGCCGCCGCUCACGCCCCAGGCCAGCAGCACGCCGCGGGGGCCCUGCUCAGGCACAUCAAGAAGGAGUGAGGGAGCAGGGGCCAGAUCGGGGGGCCACAACACGGGGGCCCUUUCACACCAGACGCGUCAGUGUGCAGGAAACCUGCCCCCGUGUGCCGCGUGCGCGCCCCCCCCCUCGCUUUGCUGUACGCCCACAGCGGAAUUCGUUUUGUCUCGACAAUCUUUAAAUACGCACUUUCACGCUUAAAAGCUGAUGGGGAAAAAUGGCGUGGCGAUGAAAACAUUUUCAUCAGAUUGUAUGAACGUGGAGUAACAAUCUGUAACACAAGAGAUACUGAAUUAUCGUGGGGAGGCAAUGUUAUUUAUAAAAGUAUGUUUGUAAAGGACUGGCAUCCGGGCUGGGGUGCCCUCUGCCUUGUAUUCUGUUCUGCCGGCGAUAAACUCCAGGCCCCCAUGUAUCCCUGCCCAAGAUGAGUGGCUGGAGGUGGACGGAUGUUCCUUAAGCUGAUAGUGAUUCGGAGAAAUAAACAGCAAACUGCAGUAAGGUGAAUCUGAAAUCAAUGAAUCAGAGAAGCAUUGCCGUGUGUUUUACUGCGGAUUGUGCUUCCAAUAUGAUCAAUGGCCGUUCAGCUUUCACUGGGAGCUUCACACAGUGUAGCAACCUUGUCUUCCCUGUUCCCUAAUAUUUUGCAUAUCGCCACAUCUGCUUAAUUCAAAAAAGCAGAUAUCACUCAAAUAAAUCGCAAAGCAGUUUACCUGUAAUUCUGCCAAACCAAAAACAUUGGAAUUCAUAGGGAAAAAUUAUUUCAAAAGUCCUGCAUCAUUCAAUAUGCAUUGAUCAAAGAUGCACAUCUGAAAUCAGGUUAUUUUAAAAAUGUUAAAUUAAAUACAUGGUUUCCCUGUCACCAUAAGAACAUACGUUUUGCAGGUUAUUUUUGUUAAAGAAGAACCCCGGUCAGUUUCCAGAGAACAAACUUAUUUUCUUUAUCAGAGAAAUAUUGUGAAAAUAAGGGUUUUCAGAAAGUCGUUUUGUUCCCGCGGCCGUCGUUAGCUUCCCGUCUCGGGCAAAUGCAAAAAGUCCUUACUGUUGUACCUCGCUGUCAGUGUACAUUUAAGUAUGUAACCAUGUAACCAUGUAUGUAACCAUGUAACCAUGUAAACCAGGCAUGUAAAAAUGUUCCUUUAAUGCAAAUAA